AUGGCGCUGGCGGCCGCCCGAGCGCGGACUCUGCGCGCCCUCAGCCGCCCGCGCCCCCCGGGCCGUGUCCCGCUGCCGGUGCCGUCCCGGAGCCGCUGCAGCCCGGCGGGGGCUCCCGGGGCGCUGCCGCCCGGCGGGUACCGGGCGUGGCGGGAGCGGGCGGCCCGCGACCCCGCCGGGUUCUGGGCGGACGUGGCGCGGGGGUGGCUGCGCUGGGACAGUCCCUUCCACACGGCCUGGCAGCCCGGCGACACCGCCGGCUCCGCCCGCUGGUUCCUCGGCGGCCGCCUCAACGUCUCCGUAAAUUGCUUGGAUCAGCACGUCGAAAAGUCUCCAAACAGAGUGGCUUUGAUCUGGGAGAGAGAUGAACCUGGCACUGCAGUGCAUGUCACAUACAGGGAACUCCAGGAUCUGACUUGCCGCCUUGCCAACACGCUGAAGAAGUAUGGGAUCCAGAAAGGGGACAGGGUGGCCAUCUACAUGUCUGUGUCCCCGCUGUCGGUGGCUGCCAUGCUGGCCUGUGCCAGGAUCGGUGCCGUUCACACCGUGGUCUUCGCUGGAUUCAGCGCCGAGUCCUUGGCUGGCAGGAUCAUGGACUCUGGAUGCAAAGCAGUUAUCACAUACAACCAAGGAGUCAGGGGAGGCCGGACCAUAGAGCUGAAGGCAACUGUGGAUGAAGCUGUGAAGAACUGUCCAAGCAUCAAACAUGUGUUUGUGGCUCAGAGGACAGAUAACAAAGUCCACAUGGGUGACCGUGAUAUUCCCCUUGAAGAGGAGAUGAGCAAGGCAGAUUCUGUCUGCCCUCCAGAGCCCAUGGACAGUGAAGAUGUGCUCUUCAUGCUGUACACCUCAGGCAGCACUGGGAAACCCAAAGGAAUUGUCCACACCCAGGCUGGGUACCUGCUGUAUGCUGCUCUCACACACAAGUAUGUGUUUGACUACCAGCAAGGCGAUGUGUUUGGCUGUGUGGCCGACAUUGGCUGGAUCACAGGACACAGCUAUGUUGUGUAUGGACCACUCUGCAAUGGAGCCACCUCUGUCCUGUUUGAAAGCACCCCCGUGUACCCUGACCCAGGUCGUUACUGGGAAGUGGUGCAAAGGUUGAAGAUUAAUCAGUUCUACGGCGCACCUACGGCGAUACGCCUGCUGCUGAAUUAUGGAGAAGAGUGGGUGAAGAAAUAUGACAGAUCUUCCUUGAGGGUUUUGGGUUCAGUGGGAGAGCCCAUCAACAAGGAAGCUUGGCAGUGGUUCUACCAGGUGGUGGGAGAAGGGCGCUGUACCCUCGUGGACACGUGGUGGCAGACAGAAACUGGUGGCAUCUGCAUUGCCCCACGGCCCUCAGAGGAGGAAGCUGAGAUCGUUCCAGCCAUGGCUAUGAGACCUUUCUUUGGGAUUGUGCCUGUGCUCAUGGAUGAGAAUGGAGAGGUGAUAGAGGGCAAUGAUGUGUCUGGUGCCCUCUGCAUUGCCCAGCCAUGGCCUGGCAUGGCCAGAACAAUCCAUGGAGAUCACCAGCGCUUCAUUGAUGCCUAUUUCAAAGCCUACCCAGGUUACUACUUCACAGGGGAUGGUGCUUACAGGAGCCACGAAGGCUACUACCAGAUCACAGGGCGCAUGGACGAUGUCAUUAACAUCAGUGGGCACAGGCUGGGCACGGCAGAAAUUGAAGAUGCAAUGGCUGAUCACCCUGAGGUCCCUGAGACAGCUGUGGUUGGGUAUCCACACAAGAUCAAAGGAGAAGGUGCCUUUGCUUUCAUAGUGCUAAAGGAGCAGACAGCUCAUGUAGACCACAUCAAAGAAGAGCUCAAAACCAUAGUGGCUUCCAAGAUAGCAAAGUAUGCAGUGCCUGACCACAUCCUGGUGGUGAAGCGCCUCCCUAAAACCCGAUCUGGGAAGAUCAUGAGAAGGCUGCUGAGGAAAGUAGUGACUGAGCAAUCGAGCAACAUGGGAGAUGUCACCACUCUUGAUGAUCCAAGCGUCGUCAAGGAGAUACUGGAUGCUUACCAGAAGUACAAGGAGAAGAAUUCCUCGUAACAGGCGGCUCUGGAAUUUCUCUCCUUCGGAAAUGCGGAAGGUCUCAAAUAAGCAGGCAAACAGCACAGCUCUCUCUUGGUGGUUUUUUUAAAAACUGUUUCCUUCUAGGGGAACAAGAUUUUCCAAUCCACACCUUUUUUUGGGAUGGCACAGGGCUAGGAGCAGUCUCCAGUUUUCCACCAUCAGUGAACCCCUUUUCAUUGCGCUCAGGGCUGUGUAGAGCAGCUGUUGGUGGUUUCCAUGAGCUGUGCUGAAAUUUAACAUGAGCUAAAGCAAGAUGCAGAUGCUCUUUUUAAUGUUCCUCUUUUUAAUGUUACUGUACAGGAAAUGUUUUUUACACCAUGCUUCAUGCUGUUUUAAAAGAAGACCUGGAAAACACUUCUUCAAUAUUUUCCUUCAGCUUGGAUAUCUGAGUGUAAGCAGCUGUAUUUCACUGCAACUCUGGUGCCUUUCCAGCAAUUCUGGCUAUUCUAGAAGGUGUUUCAUGUGCAUUACUUACUAGGGACAUGAGAAGGACAUGGCCACUCUGAUAAUUCUUCCUUGACUUUACCCAUUAUUCUAAUAUCUCCUUUCCUCAUGUGGAUUUGUUGCUGCCACCACGUGUCCUGGGGCUUCCCAGAGAUGGUGAGCCUGUGACCCUUCACGUCCCACCUUGGUAACCCAGCACCAGCACUUGCAGCUGCAAAAAGGAGCCACAAAUCCCCCAAUGCCUGGAUUUCCUACAUAUCCUCAGUGCACUGCUGCCAUGCAGAUUUACCAAAGAGUUAAGUGCCACAAACUGCACAGUCCUCUAAAACAAGUGCCUCUUGCCUUCUGGAAAGUGAAGCAGCAUUUUCCAGACCAGCAACCUCAGAACAGCAGGGAAAAACAGCCUUUGUCAUUCCUGUGCUUUCAAGAUUGCAAUUAAUGUAGUCAGUGUUUUAUUUCUGGACUCAUUUUAUCAUGACCACAUUCCAGUUGAAGUGCUCCUUACAUUUGGGCUGUACAGAAGAAUUUGCUAGUAGGGCUACUUAUUCCUGAAUUUAAUUGGAGCAACACUGCUUUUCCCAGGGGAAUUGUGUACCAGAAGGACAAUUUGUGCUCCCACCUGGAGGCAGGGAAGGCAGGAGGGAAAUGGGGAGGUGAUCUGUAGGACUGGGAAAGGUGUGGGGAGUUUUUUGGCCAGCAGAGAUUCUGGCACCACAAUGGGAAGCAGGCUGCUUGAAGUAUGAUAUGUUCUCAAAGACAGGUGUGGUGUCUUAGAUCCCAGAGUUCCACCAGCUGCAUUUGCUUUUUUUAAAAAAAAUUAUUUUAAAUGUCUCUAGGGACUGAAUAAUACAGUAAGGAAUACCAUGCUUUAUUAAACGUCCCCUCCUUCUGACUGAAAUGCAUUUACAUAAGGUAAGUAGACACCCUGUGGACUUGCUAGGAAGUUGAAGAUCAGAAGGUUUGAAGGUUUGACAGGAUGUUAAUAUUUUAGGAGAUAGACAGUAUUUUAUUGCCAUUGCAAUGGAAAAAAGAAAAAACCCAACCUGCCUUCCUUAAGUAAUUUUCAAGUGGGAAACAGACAAGAGUUAAUGUUUUUGAUAGAAAAAGUGCUCUCACUUGUUUAAACAAGUUGUCUCCAGACAGUCUGAAAUAGCAACGUGGAGGAAGAAAAAUUACUUUUGAACAAGAUUAUACACUUUUCCUUUAAUCAAGAAAGCAUUUCUUAUAAUAUGGACGUAAUAUAAGAAAUUAUGUCUUGUUGACCUGAAAUUUCCCUGUGUGUUGUCCCAGUGGUCACAGACCCAUGGUUUAAUCAAUCUGAACUUUCACGAGCACUGUCUGUGUGAGGAGCAAUGUGCUUUGGUGCCUUGGGACACUUGUCAUCCAAUUCCUCUGCUCAGGGAAAAUGAGAGGUGGGUGCACUCAGGGAAAAUGAGAGGUGGGUGCACUCAGGGAAAAUGGGAGAUGGGUGCACUCCCUCCCCCGCAUCCCUUUUGUAUCAGCUUGCAAGGGCUUAGGGAGGUUCCAGGGAGGGUCCAGGCUGGCCAGGAAGCUGCAGAAGCACAAGGAAUGCACAGCUGGCACAGCUGGCACAGCUGUGCUGCAGAUGGAAAGCUGUGGGUGCCACAUCCCUGAAAAUGUUGAAGGCCAGGUUGGAUGGGGCUGUGAGCAGCCUGAUCUAGUGGAAUUUGUCCCUGCCCAUGGCCUUACUGAGUAGGCUGCUCAUAGAAAGCUUUAAAUUGAAAUCAAAAUGUUACAUUUUCCUUCCAGAGUUUAAAGUUUCCAUCCAGAGCAGUCCCCAUUUCUUCUUUCUACCCACUGUGUCUGCCAGCUGCAGCAGUUGCCUCUUCCCUGCAGGCUUGAGCUGAGUUUGCAUUUCCAGCAGCAGCAGCCCUGGUGUGUGAUGACAGUGCUUUCCACUUCAUGGGCAGCAGCUUGUGGCUCAGGGAGGGACUGGCCCACAGAAUUGGUGCUGGUUUCCUCAGUGCCUGAAAUGCCAGGAAGUUUCUGAAGUACCCAGGCCUGCAAGGCUCUUAACACAAGCUGAUCUUCCCCAAUCAUGGUCAGAUAUCAGUGGGAUCACGGGACAAACUUGGGGGCAAUUUCUUCAUUUAGAAAAGCAGAGUUGUUGAAUUUUUCUAAACCUUUGUGUGUUCAUGAGUGAUGUACAUUUUGUUUGUCAGACUGCCUUUGUAUCUUCAUUAAAA